UGCCUCGGUCCUUGUACCCCGGGUCCCGUCAUGGCUCGUGCCAGUGCCGCGCGCCUCUCUGCUCACACACAACACCUUUUAAACCGGAGUGACUCCACAAGUGGGUCCCGUGCGACUCGAGUCUGGACCGCGAACCCGGAACAAAGCGUCUGCAUCCCGGCAGCAGGUUGAACCAAAGCUUUUCUGCCAAACACGUGCAACAGCUGGACACUUCUGUCCCGGCUCUGUCCUCGUGUUUUGGGGGCGCGCAGCGGACGUGUAACCCGGACAGUUAUUAUGCGUGUCAAUGGCAUUUGGAGCCAUUGAACGCAUCACCUAAGUGGAAACAAAGUGCUGCGGACACAGCAUGUGGGAUGGCUGCAGACAACUACUUGAUGAAACCUUUGUGACGCUCUUUUGGGAUCAGAGACAUAUUUCCUGAAUAAGGUCUGUCAGUCUUCAGCCAUAAUGACUCAAGUGAGAGACCCGUGCCACACGAAGCACUACAUCGACACAGCCGGAAGCCCGUUGAUCAGCGCCAUCAUGUUCGCCAUGGGCAUCUUUGGCAACGUAGCUGCACUGGUGAUCCUGGAGAUCCGGCGGCGCAGAGAGACAAGGAGUGGGGGCGCGUCGCGGCGUGCACUGUUUCACGUUCUCAUCACGGUGCUGGUGCUCACGGACUUGGCUGGGACCUGCCUGGUCAGCCCACUGGUGCAGCUGGCAUAUUCAAGGAACACCACCAUGGAGGGGAUGACGCCUGAAUCACAUAGUGUGUGCAAGUACUUUGGUGUCAGCAUGACCUUCUUCAGUCUGGCCACCCUGUCGCUCCUCUUCAUGAUGGCAUUAGAGCGAUGCUUUGCCAUUGGAUACCCCUACCUGUACACCCGGCAUGUCACCAACAAAUGUGCCUAUAUCACCAUCCCAUCAGUGUUUACGUUAUGUAUGAUAUUCUGUCUCCUGCCUUUUGCCGGGUUUGGUAGUUAUGUUCAAUAUUGCCCUGGCACGUGGUGCUUCAUUGACAUGAACCCAGAGCACAGUCAGGAACGCCUGUACGCCACCCUGUACGCCACUAUCAUGUUUUUGCUGGUGUUGGCCAUUGUGGCGUGCAACGGUUUCGUGGUGUACCAGCUUUUCAAGAUGUACCAACGCCGCAAGAGGAACGGCGGCUCGGUGAUGGGAACCAUAAGAUCCAACAAUGACCGCAGGGUGACGUCCAUGGCCGAGGAGGUGGAGCACCUCAUCCUGCUGGUGUUUAUGACCAUCAUCUUCAUCAUAUGCACGCUGCCCCUAGUGAUCCGGGUGUACAUCAACUCCAUAAACCCUGGGACAGAGUCUCACUCCAAGGACCUGAUUGCCCUGCGCUUCAUCUCCGUCAACUCCAUCAUCGACCCCUGGGUGUUCAUCCUCCUCUCCCCCAGCGUGCUGCACUUUUUCUGGGCGAAGGCGUGCCGGGCCCCCAUAGGAGCCUCCAGGGGCUCCAUGUGUCAACCAUCUAUCAGUAAAACCAAUACCACUAACAUCGAACUGUCUCACAACACGCCGGACUACACCGCCCCUUUUCAAUCUGUGGAAAAUCGAUGACCAUAACACCACGUUAUGGUUUGAUAUGUAUAUUUAUUGGAUGCGUGAACGAACAGUGUGAGUUCUGCUCUCAUGCACCUCCACAUCUAUUCCUCGUAGUGGGUGUUUUAUUUAUUUUUGGGGUGUUUCCAUGAGAAAAUGGAUCUUACUGUCUUACUGAUAAGCACUUAUUAGGCUCUGUCAGCUGGAGGCCAACUGCUUCUAGCAUUUCAGUACAUUGUAUGCAUGUGGAAUGCACAGUGACUUCUCUAGAGCUUUAGGACUGCAUCCAUACUUCUAUGUUUUAAUAUGCCACAGAUAGGCCUGGGGUAGCAUUGUGGAUGGAGCUUAAGUAUUAAGUAUAAAGCUCAAGAUUGUGUCUCCUUUGCUGCUUGUGUGAUAUAUCAGUGAAUCUGUUAAAUGGGGAAAAAGGUUGCUGAUGGGAAAGAAUUAUUUCUGGAAUUGGGAAACUGCAAGUGGUAUCUCUGCUUUAUCUCUGCACUUCAGAACAAACCCCACAGGGAGGGAGAGGUAACUGCUGCUUGGAUACGUCUUCUCUGAUUCAAAUGCUGCUUUUUCAAACCACUCUUAGUUGCCAUUAAUAUGUAAUUGUAUAGAGAUGCAUAUAUAAUCAAGUAAAUAGAAACAAAGCUGAAUGUGUUACGGUCAGGUCACUUGGGAUCACAAUAAUAGAAGAUAGAAUUUUGGGAUGACACGGUGUAGAUAUCUGAGGCACGUCUUUCUCCUCUCAACACUUCAGUGAUCAUGGGGGUCAUCGUCUUUAGAACAUUAUCUUUUCACUUGACCUUUGACCUUAACCUCUGCUCUGCUUUGGAAACCAUAACCCUUCACAUUCCUACCAGAUCCCUGCUGGAUGAAAGGGAAAGAACCACUUCUGGUACGAUAUGGUCACGACCUCCAUCGGAGCGCUAAAGGUUAUUCAUCAUUUCAUUCAUCUGUACAUACACAGUACGUACCAUAUGAUAUAAGAUGUCAUUAGAUGAGACUGCAGUUACCUUCGGACUUGAACAUUCUACUUGUUGUAUCGUUAAAUGAGAGCAGAUAAAAUGCAAACUUUAACAAAUAAAAGUUUCAUUUAAUUAGCUAACACUCAUUUAUCGUUUUGAAGUGUUAGUCCUCCCGGUGUUGGACAUAUACUCAGUUGGCAGUUUAUUAGGUACAACCAGCUAAACCUAGUCUAAUACAACAAACAUACUGCAAAAAAAAAUCCUUUCAUUAGGGCUUAAAUGUCAAUGAUACAAACAGGGUGGAUGAAAUAAUCGUAGUACGUGUCAGUAUUAUGCAAUGAAUUGGACAAAUUCACAUAACUUUAUAUUUUGCACAUUUAUAGAACAGCCUAAUGUUGUAGAUAGACUUUUUUAUCUUAUGUUAUUUAUUCUAGAUUCUGUUUGUUCAUAGUAAACUUUGUCACGGAGGAGGAUUUACUGCAGGACUGCACUAUUAUUACCUAAUAAACUGAGCAGCUGAGUGUAAAUCCUCUGUUACUCUGUGAAAAGUGCCAUUGUUUACUUUCAACGUGUGCCAAAGAUCAGAUCUCAGUUAGUCGACACUUCAACGUGGGGGAAAAACCCUUUAGUGACUUAAAAGGUUUCUACUCCACGUGCGUCUUUCCAUGGGACGGCUCAUCUGGAACCAAUGAUUUUCCCUUUUCACAGCUCACAUUAAAAAAACAUCAUGAUUACCGGCUCUGAUUAUAUCCUCCUGCUGAUUGUUCAACUAGCAAUUUAAACAAGGCCAGAAACUGGAGGCCCACCAAUAAAGCUCAAUGUGUAAAACCUCCCGUACUAUAUCCGUCAGUAUUAAAGCCUGUUAGUGGACGGUUACACUUGGUGGAUUUAAUUACACAACACUGUGCGGAAAGGGAACUGUUACUGCUUCUCCUCUGCAGAGAGAAAUCCAAACUGUCUGGCAAGAAAAUCCUCUGCCGCAGAUUUUCACAGGAUGUCAAGUCAGGAGUCUUUAAUAUAAAGCCACUCCUAAUGGAGAUGUCCUGUUACGCAAGAUCCAGUUUGAAUUGAGAGAGUUUUGUCCUCAAGUGUGAGAAAAAUGAAUUACAAGUUGUCAACAAGCCAGGGUUUUUAGAAGAAAGCAGAAAACGUAAAAAAGAUCUAUGAGUAUCAGGUAAACUUUGUGGAUGAAAGACGUGUGUGUGUACCAGUGUCUUUUUGUGAAUGUAUUUUUUGCAAAUAUCCCACACAUGUGUCUACAAUAGGUUUUGUGUGUGUGUGUGUGUGUGUGUGUGUGUGUGUGUGUGUGUGUGUGUGUGUGUGUGUGUGUGUGUGUGUGUGUGUGUGUGUGUGUGUGUGUGUGUGUGUGUGUGUGUGUGUGUGUGUGUGUGUGUGUGUGUGUGUGUGUGUGUUGAUUCUGAUCUCAUAUUCAAGAUUUCUCACAUGGUUGAAACAAAACAAACGAGCAGGGAGGCUCCAUUAGCAAAAUUAAAACAAGUAGUUGAGUAAGUAAUAAAGACUAUUUUGUGGAUUUAGUUUGAUUCUAUUUAACUUAUUAUGCAUCGUCAUAGUAAAAGAGAAUAAAACUAAAUCAACGAGAUUGCUUUUAAAUCACAAAUGUUUCCAUUACAGACUUAGUCUUGGUAAUACAAUACAUACAGUAAUAAUUAUAAAAUUAAAUGUGUAUUUACAUUAAUAGGAUUGUGCACAAUGCUUCCUGCCUGGAUGUCUUGUUUUUAUUCAAUACUGUCGAUGAAACUGAAUGCACUGAGCACCCCCGUGUGAAUGUGUGUGUUUUAUGGCUUGUGUAAAUAAACUUCUCAUCCACCAAA